GGAUUAACAGGGGUGCAGGAAGUGUAAUUGAGGAAACAUGUACAGUAGUUUCACCAUGCCAUGAAAGGGUGCAGAUGACACAUAUAGAAUAUCAACAUUCCCCGGGGUUACAGGAGACGAAACAAUAGCAGAGGUGAAUAAAAGGCUCAGUUCCAUAUAGGAGCAGCGUCAGCACAGACAAAGUAACACAGCAGGAGGAUGAAGCAGAGGUGGGGGGGGGUGGAAUCCAGCCUCCAGACGACAGCCCCCACAGCACACAGAUACACAGCAGGUACCCCAAAUAAUUGCUAGAGGGAGCCAGGCAGUGAGGGCAUAGGCAGGGAGAGGAUAGCACCGCAGCUGCCUCCUUCACAGAGAGCUCCUCUUCUCAAAAUGGCAGCCACCCACCUCCAGCGUCAGCAGGGCCCUCAGUGGGAGCCGGAUAACAGCCUCACAGACAAUCAACAGGAGGAGAGGGGAGCCGGAUCUCUCAUGGAGCCGGCCGUAGCAGCGAAGUGGAUGACUGAAGGGGCGGGAGAGCAGGGGGGCACACAGCCACAUAGUCACGUGGUGAUGACGGCGGGCGGAACCACCGAGGUUCUGGGGAGCAGGCAGAGCGGAGAGGCAGGUCAGUUAGCGGGUCAUGAGGAGUUGACCCCAGAUGGAGACUCCGAGGUCAGCAGCGGCCGGGCACCCGGGAGUACAACAGGGGAGGACGGGACACAGCGCUCCAUUUCCAAGAUGGCGCCUGUCCCUCACAAGUGCCCGCGCAGCAGUGGGAAAAACAGAGGGCAGGACGGACAGCAGGCCCCUACACAACUUAGCACAUUUCUCAGAGGACAAAAAGCUUAUACGAAUAGUUUUAACCAAGUGCAACCGGGAUGCAGGUAAUUGCUGGCCGUCGUUACUGGAAGAUGAGUACUCCGCCGACCCAUGGAUUCAAGAUGAGAUGCAAAAAAAGCUCACCCUGGAGAGAUUUCAGAGAGAGAACCCCGGCUUUGAUUUCAGUGGAGCAGAUAUAUCAGGAAACUACAGCAAGGGCGGACCUGACUUCUCUAAUCUGCAGAAGUAAUCCCGGUGCAUUGAGGAGAGGACUAUUUAUAUUUGUAAUACUGCGAGAAAUAAAUAAAAUAAUGAUUAUACUUUA